AUGCUGAGGACGAGCGUGGCCCAGUGGCAGUGUCAAGCAUGGGCUGUGCUUGUGCUGCUGGCGAGCCUGCCAACGUUUCGGCGACUGGGGCCAGAGCCCGAGAGGCCCGCGCCGCCUGCGCCGAAGGGGCCGAGUGUGCGGGAGAUCGUGGCCGACACGGUUAGCGAGCUCGAGGCAUUGAGAGGUGGCGGAGCGCCGCCCCCUCCUGGCGGCGAGUGUUCCAGCGAGCUCGGGCCGCAGGAAAAUGGCUCGCGGGCAGAGGCAGCGGAGUGCGUGUGCGAGUGUCCUGAGUGCGAGGCCCCGGGAAGCCAGUGGUUGGGCUGGUUACUGGGCGGUGUGUCUGUGCUGCUGCAGCUUCGCGGCUGGUGGCAGGGGCGCGGUCUCGAUGGCGCGAGUUCGAAGGAACGCUCGCCCGAGGACGGAGACGGACGGCGUCGGCACAGAAGAGGCCACAUUGCCUAG